AUGAAAGACGGAAAAGAUUUACAAUUUGAAAGCUAAUAUGAUAUUGUUGCUAAGAAUAUUUGCGUAUGUUUUUAAAUAGAGAGAAAGGUGAUCAAAAUACAAAUAUUUGGUGAUACUUUAGCCCUAGAAGAGGAAGUAAUUUUUUCUUCUUUACAGGAGAUGACUCAAACCAAUGUAUUCAAUAAAAAUGAAUCAUAAUAGCCCUAAUAGCUUUGUGAGGACGAAUAACAUCUAGAUGAAUUUUUGGUCAGAUUAUAGGAAGAAAGGAUCCGCGAAUUUCUUUUAUCUUUAUAGCCACUAAGAGAAGUUGUUCUAACUUGA